AAACAUCAAUCUGUGCAGAUAACAAGAUGGCGGGCGCAAAAUGUUGGUUUGUCUGUGUUGUGUUCGCGCUGUACCUGACCAGCGCCGCGCUGGGCUCGCAGGAGCUCAUGAUGAAGAUGACUAAGGGAUUCACGAAAGUCGUCGAUGACUGCAAAGCUGAGGUUAACGUCGGGGAGCACAUCAUGCAAGACAUGUACAACUACUGGCGCGAAGACUACCAGCUCAUUAACCGGGACUUGGGCUGCAUGAUCCUGUGCAUGGCGAAGAAGUUGGACCUCAUGGAAGACCAGAAGAUGCACCACGGGAAGACAGAAGAAUUCGCCAAGAGUCAUGGAGCUGAUGACGAGGUUGCCAAGAAGCUGGUGAGCAUAAUCCACGAAUGCGAGCAGCAGCACGCCGGCAUAGCGGACGAUUGCAUGAGGGUGUUGGAGAUAUCCAAAUGCUUCCGCACCAAGAUCCACGAGCUCAAAUGGGCACCCAACAUGGAGGUCAUUAUGGAAGAGGUGAUGACCGCCGUGUAGACACGAGGGAACCAGGAAACAAUGUCAUUUUAGGGGAAACUGCUGCAGUUGUUGGUGUGUCACGCGGGAAAAUGAUCUGCAGCGUUAGCAAAACUGAUGUACAUACUUGUAAUCGAGAAUGCUAUGGCAAACGAAACAAAUGUAUUUGUAGAUUUAUCAGUUUCAAUACAUUGUGUGGCGCGUGGGCAAUAGUGAAUCUAUACGUAUGAACAACAUUUGUUUUGUUUUAUUUAGCGUUAACGAUCAUAAGUUCUGCUAAACGAUAACUAAAGCUCGUAAUGGUUCUAAGAUUAUCUCUAGAUUGCAGGGUUAUAACUGGAAAGGGUUUCGUGUCAUUUCGUUUCAUGUCGCUGAUUGAUCAACACUUUCUAACACCUUUACACAAUUCGCUUCAAUCGUCGGAGUCAUUCUACUAGACCCAGAAGUGAAAUUGUUGUAUCAUUAUCCUGGCUCUUUGAUUCAGUGAAACUAUGUAGCUGUAUAAGUAUUAUUUAUUUCCUCUUUAGGUUCUUG